AUGGGAAGGACGGAAGAAAUAUGGGGUAAAGAUUGUCUAGAAUUCAAGCCGGAAAGGUGGAUAUCGAAGCGUGGAGAUCUCAUACCUGUACCAUCUUACAAGUUCAUACCGUUUAGUGCAGGGCUAAGAGUUUGUUUAGGGAAGGACUUGAGUUUCAAACAGAUGAAGACAGCGGCAAUUAACGUGCUUUGGCAUUUCCAAGUUGAAAUGGUGGAGUGCCAAACUGUCUUCCCAAGCAAUCAGUCCAUCGGACUUCACUUUGAAAAUGGUUUGAGGUUAGAAUCAAGAAAAGAUAUGUUUGAUUGGGGAGUUACAAUAAUGAAGGAUAAUGUUGCAUUAGGAGCAUAG